CUGCUUCUCCUCGUCUCUUCUCCGUAUUCGAAACCCUAGAGCUGCUGCUGUUUCUCAAUUUAGGGUUUAAGAGUCUCGAAUCACUCAGCAACGAUCUCUCACUUGCGCGGAUCAUAAAAUUCGUUUUGCUAUCGAUCCUUUUGAUUCGAUCGGUAAAUGGUGUCCGAGUCCAGAACCGGCGGUAAUCGGGUGAUGGGACCCGACGACGAAGAAGAACAGAGGAAGGUGAUUGAAUCGAUUAAAGAAAUCGUGGGAAACCACUCCGACGCAGAUAUCUACACAGCCUUGAAAGAAUCUAACAUGAGCGCCGACGAGGCUGUUCAGAAGCUGAUUCAUCAAGAUCCAUUUCACGAGGUGAAGAGAAGAAAAGACAGGAAGAAAGAGGAUGCAGUAGUAGUGGUUGAGCCUGCCAACGUAAAGAAGCCUCUUGAAAGUGUUACCAGUGAAGUGAAAAUUCGUACACAGUCUGAGCAUAAUGUUGUUCGGAGAAGAGGCUACAGUAGGAAUGUCUUCCCUAGGAACGCUGCUCCACAAAAUGCAUUUCCUAGGAAACCUCUUGAGAGUGUUACUAGUGAAGUGAAAGCUCGCACACAGCCUGAACAUAAUGUUGUUCGGAGAGGAGGCUACAGUAGGAAUGUCUUCCCUAGGAACGCUGCUCCGCGAAAUGCAUUUCCGAGAAAUCCUGCUACUGGAUCCAAGAGAGAGUUUCGUGUUGUUAGAGACAACAGGUUUAAUCCAAAUGUUGAUGGAGAGUUGAAGCAUUCCUCCGCCCAGUCUUAUGGAUCAAAUAUUAGCAAGGUAGUGGCCACUGAGAACAAAAAGGGCUCGACAGGUGGUUUAGACAAUCAUCAUUCUUCUGGGGCUCAAGGUUUUGGCCAAGAUUGUAAUGCAGCAACAGAUGUCAGACUCAGAGAUACUGAAGUUGCUCCAUUGCACCAUCCUACCAGAAAAGAACUCUCUGAUGGAAAGGAAACAUCCCGUGGAGUUACAUUGCCAUCAACCAAUUCAGUUCUUGGUGUAUAUCCGUCGUCCACAGAUCCAGUUCAUGUACCGUCUCCUGUUUCUAGAUCAUCACCUGUGGGAGCUAUUAAACGUGAAGUAAGAGGUGGAGGCUUUGGUGGAAAACCUUCUGAAAGUAUUGGUAAAGAUCCAUCUCCUGGUGCUUUGUCAAAAAUUGGGACUCCAAAUGCAUAUCGAUCAUCUUCCCCAAAUUCAAAGAUUAAUCAAGUCAGCCAAACUACUCCACGGGAGUCUGUUUUGCCCAGCGGUGUGGAAAAGAAUAGGCCUCUUUUGAACAGGCAGCGUGGGAACAGAGGAAGCCAAUAUGCUAGAACACAACAAGUUGCUGGCCAUUCAAAAGGGGUCUCACAGAACAAGGAGUGGAAGCCUAAAUCGAUUCAGAAACCCGUUGAACAUAACCCUGGAGUAAUUGGAACACCAACCAAGUCUCAGGCUCGUAGCCCUGCUGAUAAUACUAUAAACUUGGAAUCAGAGGCUGUUAAGUUGCAAGAUAAUCUUUCACAUGUUCACAUCAGUGGAACCCAGAACGUCAUCAUCGCAGAUCAUAUUCGCCUCCCAGAGACUGACCGAUGUCAGCUUACUUUUGGUAGCUUCGUUCAAGAUUUUAGUUCUUCAAUGAAUUCAGAACCUGCUGCUUUACAAGAAUCAUGCUCUUCAGAAGAACUCAGAGAAUCUGAUCGUAGUGUUUGCAGUUCGCCAAUUACUUCUCCAGAGGCUUUAGAAGAUGGUCCAGGGGUUAAGCCUAUCGAUAUUCCAUCGGAGAAACUAUUGCCGGAAGAGGAGGCUCAUAGACCUGACAAUUUGGAUGAGUACUCGGAAGUUCAAUUGCUCAAAAGUGACACUCUCGUCCCUUUCCAGCAGGCAUAUGGUAAACACGGUAGUUAUGACUUCCCGUAUUUUGGUCAGACAAUGGACGAAAACGUACGAGGACAAGGAUUACCAUCUCAGCAGCAGGAGCAGGCAUUUAGUACUCACAUGGUGAAUAACGCUCCUCCAUCUACGAUUCCCAUGUUGCAGCAACAACAACAGCAACAGGCGUCAAUGCAACAGCAACAGAUGUAUCCGCAAGUACAUGUUUCGCAUUUUCCCAGUCUCAUGCCUUACCGUCAGCUCGUCUCCCCACUCUAUGUUCCCCAGAUGCCCAUGCCAGGCUACUCAGGUAACCCAGCGGCAUAUGCACACCCUUCAAAUGGCAAUAGCUAUGUGCUGAUGCCUGGAGGUGGUUCUCAUCCCGGUUCAAAUGGUGUUAAGUAUGGCAUCCAGCAAUUCAAACCAAUACCAGGUGGUCCUGCGGGUUUCGGAACUUACAACAGUCCUAGUGGGUAUCAGAUUAGUCCUCCCAACGCCAUGGGACUUGACGAUCCAUCUCGCAUGAAAUACAAAGAUGGAAACGUUUACGUUCCUAACCCUCAGGCUGAGACUUCUGAGAUUUGGACGCAGAACCCAAGAAAUCUUUCAAACCUUCAGUCUCCUCCAUAUUACAACGUAGCUGGACAAACGCCUCAUGGUGCUUAUUUACCAUCCCAUACAUCACAUCCAUCCUUCAACGCCCCUGCAGCAGCAACACAGUCAUCUCAAAUGCAGUUCCAGGGUCUUUUCCACCCGCCACAGCCUGGUACUAUGGCAAAUCUGCACCACAUGGGACCUGGGCUUGGUGGUAAUGUCGGAGGAGUCGGGGUUGUGCCCUCUCCUCCGCCUCAACUUGGUCAUCCGAGUUGGGCAGCAAACUUCUGAAGAAAAGUCUAACCUUUCUCUACUUGUCUAAUGGAUCAUAAUAGCUGAAAGCAAAUGCUCUGUUUUUCUUUGUGAAACGGCCAAACUCUGUUUUUUUUUAAGUCAAUGAAUGCAUAAAAUGUUCCCAGCUCUCAA